AAGCUCCAUUACACUGUUACGCAAAUCAAAGCGCCAACAGUGAGAAAUCAUCAAAAGGCGUGUACCCUUUUAAGCAAAUAUAAAGAGGGUAAUCGUCUUUUUACUUCUCUUGAUCGUCUCAAUCCGCCAUGUCUAGGUCACGGACGUCGUGGUUAGUUGAUAGCAGUAGAAUCGCCUCGAAAAUCAAAAGCGCGUCCAGUCCAAGUGAUGAUCGUGAAAGAGUUGUUUGGAAUAGUGACCCGACUAAAGCCUGUCCUAACUGUCAACACGUCAUUGACAAUAGUGAUGUUACUUUGGAGUGGCCGGGUUUGCCUAGAGGAGUGAAAUUUGAUCCGUCUGACCAAGAAAUCAUAUGGCAUUUGCUUGCAAAAGUCGGUGUGGGUAACCUAAAGCCACAUCCUUUUAUUGACGAGUUUAUUCCUACAGUUAAUAAGGAAGAUGGUAUCUGUUAUACUCACCCUAAAAAUUUACCAGGUGUUAAGCAAGAUGGGAGUGUUUGCCAUUUCUUCCAUAGAGCAAUUAAGGCUUACAAUACCGGAACUCGCAAACGUAGAAAGAUACAAGAUGAGGACUUUGGCGACGUUCGUUGGCACAAAACAGGGAGAACGAAACCAGUAAUUCUUGAUGGAGUCCAAAAAGGAUGUAAGAAAAUUAUGGUUCUAUAUUUGACUGCAACUAAAGGAGGAAAAGCUGAGAAAACAAACUGGGUUAUGCAUCAAUAUCAUCUAGGAACAGAAGAAGACGAGAAAGAUGGAGAAUAUGUCAUUUCGAAAGUUUUUCAUCAGCAACAGCAAGGAAAACCUACUAUCGAUAAGUUUGAUCAAGAUUUUCUUGAUCAGAUCGUUAAUGUUGAACCUGUUACUCUUCCAAAAGUAGAUCCGGUCACACCAAAGUCUGUUACUCCUGAAAUGAGGACUUAUAAUCCUGAAGAAGAAGACCUUAAUGAUCGAAUGUCUGAAAUAAAUGAAAAUGAAGAACCAAUUGGAGAAGAACCCAGAUGGUCACAGCUUCUUAUGGAUUCACAACUUCUUCUGGAUUCACAGCAGCUAGUUGAAGGUCUUUCAUUGUGUGAAGAUCUUCUACGAAGCCAGUCUCCUAAUAGAGAUGAGGAUGAAAAUGAAAACGAUGAAUUGAAUGGAAGACGGUGUCUGGCUGAUUAUGCUAGUCUCGGCUCUGAGAGCCUAAAGAAUGAUUUGGAGGAAUGCAGUCGAGAAGAAGACUUGGUUCUUGAUCCAGCAAAUAUUGAACUUGAGACGCCACCAGAUUUCCGAUUAAGCCAACUUGACUUUGCAUCGCAGGAGAGCUAUCUUGCUUGGGGAAAUGGUAAGCUUGGUGACUAAAUUAACAAAUUAGACUGUUAAGAAAUGUUGUUGUGUACUUAUUUUGUACUAUUUUCCGUGUUUCUUUUGGCCAUAAGUGUAAACUAAACUUAUUGAAGAAACCAGGUUGCUUCAAUUGUUGAUGAAAUUUGGCUAAUGUAAAGUUUUUGAA